AUGGCUACUUCACUCGCCGUCGAUAAACCACAUUUGCCGCCCGGCGAUGCGGAUGCGAACGACCCCUUCGUCUCUCCCCCGGGUCCCGCCAACCAGCGAUACUCUGGAUACGACAGCCAAUUCUUCGCACUCGGCCCCGGCGCAUCGCCCGACCAGGCCAAGCGCGCAUUGCAAGCACACAUCGCCGACACCGAACGUCGCCUAGAUGAGGCCGGAAAGCUGGGAACAGCUUUGGUUCAGCAGCGCAAGGAGCUUGCCGAGCGCUUGAAGGAGGUAGAGGAGCAGCAGACUGAAGGAAAGCUCACACCAGACCUGCGCUCAAAACUAGUCGAAAUCGAAAAGGAAUUCAAUGAUGUCGCCCGAGAGACUGCACGGGCAUUUUUGCCCAAGCAAAGGGUACCCAGCAACGAGGCUGCUGGAGGUUCGCCCUAUGUUCCGGACGGCAAGAUGGGAAGACGCUCCGUCAGCCCCUCAAAGUUCGAGAACAUCGCCACAGGCUCGCCCUCCAAGUUGGGUGUACCAAAUCGCAAAGUCCGCAACCAGCCUUCAAGUCGCAUACACGAUAUCGAGUUCGCCGCCGAAAUCAGCACUUCGCUUAUCGCACAAGUCCGCAACCUUCAGUCCCUCCUCGCCGAAAAGGAUGAGGAGCUCAAAGACACCAAGGCCGAAAAGUCAAGGCUAGAAAUCGAGACGGAGAGCUUUCAGCAGCGCGUGAAGACACUAGACGAGAGCGAAAACAGGUACAAAGAUGAGAACUGGAACCUCGAGACACAGGUACACGACUUGGUCGCUGCCCAGAAGGAUGCCGCCGAUCGCGAAAAGAAGUUGACGCAAAGUCUCAAUGUCCUGCAAGCAGAGAAAAAUUCGGCGCAGAAGGAGCUCGACGAGGCUAAGGUCUCUAUCGCCAAGCUGACCGAGGAGCACGAGAGAUUCGCCAGGCAUCUUGACCUCGACUUGACAACGGCCAAGAAGAAUGCCGCCGUCGCCGAGACGGAAAGAAACGCGCUGCAGCGCAAGGUCGAUGACCUGAUGAGCCAGAACCAAGAGCUUGCCAGAGCCAUCUCCUCUCAACGUGGACGCCUGUCUGACCGCGAUUUCGGUCGUCUCCCUAGUGACGAAGACCUGGACAGCGGAGCGGACGGCUUCACCCCCGAGCACUCACCGCCGCCGUCCCCAAUCAAGGGAACUCCCCGCCACGCCAUGCUCGAGUCCGAGACUCUCAAGAGCUCUCUUCUGCACGCUCAGCGCACCAUUCAGAGCCAGAAGACGGUCAUCCACCGCGAGAAGACUGAGAAGCUCGAGCUUAAGCGACUGCUUCAGGACACCCGCGAUGAGUUGGAGAAGCUUCGCACCGACGCCGCUCCUGCUCCCGCUCGCCGCAACCGCAAGGUCGAGUCUAGAGAGUUCAAGAAGCCUUCCCGCGGACUGCUUGGAGGUCACCGUCACAGCCGCAAUGAGAUCUACACCGACGACGCUGAGUGGGAGGAAGCUACAGAAAUUGGCAGCCCCAGAACAUCGCCUACCUCUUACUCGACCUCGACUGUUCGCAGACCCGGCAGCAGGAUGCAGAUCACGGACACCAGUGAUCAGUUCGACACAGCCAAUGAGACUAGCGAUGCCGCCUUCGAGACCGCGAACGAGCGGGGAACUGAGACUGAGGACUUCCAGACCGGCGCCGAGGAUCUCUCCGGUUCUGAUUCCGGAACCGAGACUGAGAGCCCGUCCAAGGGCCGCGAGCUCCGCCAGAACUUCGCGCUUAGUGGUGGUCGCAACUCCUACGACAGCACUGCAUCGACCUCAGCGGAUGAAGACGACGACUAUGUCGAGUACGUGCGAACACCGACAUCGCAACACUCUCAUCAACGCAUGCGCGUCAAGCUUAGCCGGGGACUUCUCAACCGCCGCUCUAGGCAGGCGAGCGAGGAGCCAGCCUACCAAAGCAGCCCGGCCAGCGCCGCCACCGGCAGCGCUGCUGGAACACCUCAAGCUGGUGGUCAAAGCCUGUUUGCUGAGCUUGCUGAGCUCGAGACCAGCGAUGCCGAGUCCGUCGAAGGCACUCCCAGCCGCGCGAGAUCUGCUACCCCGAGUGCUGAUUCGGAGGUUUCUCAAGCCACGACGACCAUUCCCUCGUUGUCUCUCACCACUCCCGACACCAGCGGCAUGACGGACCCCGUCAAGAGGCCAGCUGCUCCCAGACCUGCUAUGGUUGAUUCCGGAAUGAUGACUGAGCCGAUGGUCCGCUCUCCUCCGAUGUCACCCGUCAGCGUUGUCCACGAUGACCGAGAUAUCCCAUCACUUGGUUCUUUGGUGGCCGCAAACCAGAUCUCCGACGGACUCAAGUCUCGGCCGCUGUCCACGAUUUCCUACAGCGAUGCAGGCGCUCAGUACGACAUGGACGAGAAGCUCGCGCAGUUCCCUAUGCCGCCAUCCCCCGACAAGCAGUUCGUCCUGCCGCCACUGCCCGAGCUUAGCAUGUCUUCAAUCGAUAUUCAGGACAUCGAACCCGUCGUGGAGCCUGAGACGCCUCUGCCGGCGCCAGCCCCGCUCACUAUGACAUCGAUUGUGUCUGAGGCGGUUGAACCCAAGGCUGAGCCUGAGAUCGUGCCUCCAGCCCCUGUCUUGGCCUACACCCCUCUUGUCUCGGAGGUUGUUGAGCCCAAGGCUGAACCUGAGGUGCCGCCUCCCACGCUGAGCAUCUCAUCCUUCCUUUCCGAGGCGGUUGAGCCCAAGGCGGAGCCGGAGGUGCCACCUCCAGUGUUGAGUCUUUCUGCACUCCACGCACACAACCUCGAGCCCGUGGCCGAGCCACCGGUUCUCCCGCCGGCACUCAGCCUGUCUGCGCUGCAAGCUCAUGACAUCGAGCCAAUUGCGGAGCCUGAAGUUCCUCCUCCAGCUCUCAGCCUUUCGGCCUUGCAUUCCCACAACCUGGAGCCGGUUGCUGAACCCCAGGUCCUUCCUCCAGCUCUGAGCCUUUCUGCUCUUUACGCACAUAACCUCGAGCCCAUCGCCGAGCCCGAGGCUGUGGUUCCUACGCCCGACCUCACCAUGUCUGCUCUUGUGUCUGAGGACAUUGAGCCAAAGGCUGAGCCCGAGUCCGAGGCCGUCAGGGCCGUGCCCGCACCUAUCCCGGUUCCGACGCCGGCGCCGGCUCCAAUUCUUAGUCUCUCGUCCAUUGCCUCAGAGCACGUCGAGCCCAAGGCCGAGCCCGAAGUCGUUCAGGAGACUCCUGUUCUCAGCCUCUCUGCGCUCUAUGCCCACAACCUUGAGCCUAGAGCAGAGCCUGCCGUUUUGCCUCCUGCCCUCACUCUGUCGUCCAUUGUGGCGGAGAAUGUCGAGCCCAAGGCAGAGCCCGAGAUCGUUCCUCAGUUGGCGUUCUCGUCAAUCGCGGCCGAGAACAUUGAGCCGAGGGAGGAGCCUGAGAUCAUCCCUGCUCCGCCAACUCUCAGCCUCACAGCGAUUGCCUCUGAAGACAUCGAGCCCAAGGCUGAGCUCCCCCCGACUCUCACCUUGUCUUCGCUCUCAUUCGCCAACAUUAUGCCUCUUGCUGAGCCUGAGGUACUGCCACCGCCGCCUCCUGCGCUUAGCCUUUCGUCCAUCGCGUCGGAGAACAUUGAGCCGAAGGCUGAGCCCGAGGUCCUCGCGACUCCCCCUGCCCUGGCGUACUCCAACAUUCACUCCCAGGCCGUGUCGCCCCGCGCCGACCCCGUCCCCUCCUUGGACUUCUCUACGCUUCUCUCCCAGCAAGUCGAGCCUGUUCAGUCGCCUGAGGCCAAGAUUCCCAAGCCCAACUUCGCGUUCUCGAACAUUGAGUCGAUCGAAACUCACCCAAUCUCGCCUCGCAGCCCCAAGCGGGACGGCUUCAUCAUCCCUGCCGACAUGGAAUCGCCAUUCGAUGAGGAUGUGCCCAGAACGCCCAAGAACGGCCUCAUGGGCUCUGUUUUCGGUCGCGGCAAGAGCAAGGCCCAGGCCGACCCCAUCAUUGCGGAGGACGAGACCCGACAAUCCCCUAGUGAGGUUCGACCGUCUGAGACACCUGAGUCUCAGCGGCCCUUCAAGGAGAUCUCGACCAACGCCAACGGUCGCCCUGCCCGCAAGGCCACGAUCCAGACGACUGACAUGGGCGCCCAGACUUCGCUCACAGCUGAGGCAAUCGAUGAGAUGCUCUUGGCCAAGGCUCAGCCUGUCGAGGCUCAGGACAAGUCGUCGGUUUUCAUUGGCACUCCCAACUCUUCGGGCACUGUUCGCAUUCGCCGCCCGUCUCACGACAGCCUCAGCAGCAUUUCCACCGAGCAAAAGAUGGGAAGACCAAGCAGUGCUAGCAGCAACCGCAUGCUUAACCAGCCGCUCCCACCGCUGCCGACGGGCCACAAGGAGGCUAUCGAGGCGGCAAGGACUGGCUCCAGAGCUGGAUCGUCACAGGGAAGCAUGGGCCCCCCUCUGUGGCCCGCUUCUGCCAUGAGGAGCCAACGACCGCAAACCCCUAACGGCGGACGGCCGCAGUCUCCCCUGUCAAUUGUCACCAAGAACUCGGCUACUCCUCGCAUGGCUCGGGCUGGUCCUUCAUACGGAACCGCCGAGGUUGCUGUUCAGUCCCCGACUAAGCUGUCGACCAUGAGCAGACAAUCAUCGGUGUCCUCCUUCGUCUCCGAGAUUGACCAUCGCUUCAACCCUCGUAACGAGCUGGGUGGCAUGGACCCAUCUGGAUUUGGCGCCAACACCGACCCUCGCAUGAUCCAGGCCAUCACUUCCACCAUGAUUGGAGAAUACUUGUGGAAGUACACCCGCAAGGCUGGCCGUGGAGAAAUCUCCGAACACAGACACAGACGGUACUUCUGGGUCCACCCAUACACUCGCACCUUGUACUGGAGCGACCGUGACCCGGCAGCUGCCGGUCGAUCUGAGCUCCGUGGCAAGAGUGUCCCGAUUGAGGCUGUUCGUGUGGUGACGGACGACAACCCCAUGCCCCCCGGCCUCCACCGCAAGAGUUUGAUUGUUAUCUCUCCUGGCAGAACGAUCAAGUUUACAUGCACAACCGGCCAGAGACACGAGACAUGGUUCAACGCUCUGUCUUACCUCUUGCUCCGCACAGCCGAUGAGGGCCAGUCUGACGUCGAAGAGAUGGCUGGGCACAUUACCCAGGCCGAUGUGGACGAGUUCAACCCCCAGUUUGGCCGUCGCACCAACUCCACGGCUCGCCCACGGCCGCCUCCAUCCGUGUCCUCGUACAACUCGAGGACGACCCGCAACCAGUCCCCUGCGAUUGACAUGUCGAUGAAUGUCCCUACUCUGACCCCCAACAAGGGUCAGGCCCAGAGACCUUCCAUUGGGACCCUGGGAAGGAUCAGCGGCUACUUUAACACCUUCUCCAGCAUGAGGAGCCGCAGUGGAGUUGCCCCCAACUCCAGCAUUUACGAGGCCAGCGAGGUGCACGAUAGUGCGGAGGACCUCCGGGAAAUUAUUGAGAGACAAGAUCGGGAUGCCGACCGACUGGAGAACGUGCGCGCCUGCUGCGAUGGCAAGCACGACGUUGGUACACUUCAUCACCACUCUAAGAGAGGCCAGCCUUCUGGCUCCCACUCCCACUCUCAACCCGGACGUUCUGCGUCUGCCAUGAGCACCUUAAGGUCGCGAGCCUAA